AUGAGGCACGAAUUACGAUGCUUGUGCCUUUUAAUCCUCGUCUCCAGGGGAAUCGCCGUGAUCAUGGAACCCACCGAGGAGUCGAUCCUGCGGAACGAGGAUCCGGGGAGCUUCAACGAUGCUUUUGGCAGCUGCUUGGCUAGGAAAGAGUUUGGCACCCUGGAAUGUGUCAAUCGCGGUGCUCUGAGCGCCCUACAGUCGCUCAAUCAAGAGGAUGAUCUAGAUUUUGGAGAGAUACACUUGGAAAGGGCUGACGGUUACGGCAGGGAGCUUUUAGACUGGGAUUACGACCCGAAAGACUUUGGAAACAUCAUGACAGCGGCUACCAAGUUGAUGGAACGCAGGAGUUUCAAGUGGAGCUUGGAUAACGUCUAUCCAGGCCUGCAAUUGCGAGCUGGACCUAUGUUGAACGGGAAUGGGAUCAUGGAGUUCGUGAUCAACGAAAGACCCAAAGCUUUCGGUGACAGACAGGCUGGUCCAGGAAGGCAAAUGAUGAGACACCUGCUGAUACCCUUCCUCCUAGGCUUCAAGUUUAACCUGGCCUCCUUGAUUCCGUUGCUAUUCGGAUUCCUCUUGUUGCUCACGAAGAAAGCUCUGUUGCUGACGAAGGUAGCGCUGAUCAUCAGCGGCCUGUUGGGCUGGAAUUCCCUGCUGUCCAAUGUCCAAACGCCUCAACACGUAGGCGGAUUCCACGGACAGGAGACACCGGUUGGCGGAUUUCCUUACUACGAGCAUUAUAAUUUCCACCAUAGACCGUAUAGGGGAUUCCAGGGCAGCGACUUCGAGCCGUACAGUCAGCAUGUGAUCAGAGAGGUCGUCGACGUUUACGAUAAACCGGAGGAAGUGGGGAAGAACAAGCGGAGUGGGAAGAAUUUCGUUUGGAACACCAUGAGGAGAAACAGGGUCCAUUGCGUCGCGUUCGUCGUUCACCUGGUGCUACUGUUCAACCUGGCGCUGAGUAAAAACGAGUAUACCAAGCUGUUCGACAAAUGCGCCAGAGAGAAGAACGCCUUCGACUGUUUGAAGCGGAGGGCCCUGGAGAUCCUCGACUCGGGGAUCAGGGAUGAUACAGUGUACGUGUUGAACGACUACGUGUCCAUUGGUAGAGAUCCUGCAGCGGCCACCAAGAGCAUCGACAGAUCGUUCAAAGACGAGAAUGGCACGGAGCUUAGUCUGGACCAGAAGCUGGACAACAAGUUCCACGAGUACAUCUCUUCUAGGAGCGUGAAGCUGACUAUACCUGGAGACGCAUUCCAAGGUACGGAAAGUCGAAAAAAGAAGGACAAAGGAUACGGCGCUCUCUUGAUGGGGGCCUUGGCAGUGGGAGCCAUGAUGGCGCAGCUGGCCUACGGUAAAAUCGCCUUCCUCGCUGGCACGGCCUUGCUCACGGCUAAGAUAGCGCUAGUUCUAAGCGCCAUCAUCGGACUGAAGAAGUUGGUGUCCAAUCAGGGCGGAGGUGGCCACGAGGUGAUCUACGCUACGGGUUCUGAACACCAUGGAAGCUACGGCGGAGGAGGCUAUGGCAGCGGCUGGCAAAGGGCCAUCGAAGGCGUCACCCCGACCUGA